CAGAGACUCUCGUGAAAAAAGAAAAAAUUAAUUUUACGAAUCGCGCGAGUGAUCGUGCGCACAACGAUGUCGGGACAUUACGACUGUGUGUACGACUCCGUCGACUGGUCCAGCGCGGGCGACUAUCUUUAUCGCGAGAGGCUCCUGAAAAAUUGGACCAUGACCGACUGCGACGACGACGACGACGAAGCGUGUCGAGCGCAAUUGCAAACAUUGAAGAGCCUACGGGACGAGGUUAGAAAUUGGGACUUCGAGUUCGAUCGACUGGAGCUGCUCGACCGGCUCUAUCCCCUGGUCAAGGAUUGGAAGGGCCGACUACCUAACCUACGCGACGUGUUUCGCGACGACGAGAUCGAGCGUCUACUUCUCCAAGCGGCGAAGAAUUACGAGAGAUCCAGGUACAAUUAUCGCGGCCAAGUGUUCAUCAAGUUCGUCGCGUGCACCGGCUACAGGAACGAGCCCGAGCCCGAUCUGUCUCGGUCGCGUCGCGCCACCACCGCGCUGCACUGGGCCGCCACGCACGAUCACCACGCCGUCAUCCAUAACCUCUUCGAGAUCUACGGCCGUUUCGACGUCAAUCACACCGACGAGACGGGCUUCUCGCACUUUCACGCGGCCUGCUUCUUGGGCCGCGACGACCUGGUCCGCAAAUACCUCGAGGCCGGCCAGGACCCGCAGUGUCGGGCGGAGCGGGUGGGCUCGACGCGAUUCGCGCCACCGCUGCACUGGGCCGUGCUGCGCGGCCACGCCAAGGUCGCCGAGCUGCUGGUGCGCGCCGGGGCCGACCCGAACGCGGUCAACGACCACGACGGCUGGACACCGCUGCACGUCGUCUGCAAGUGGACGCGCGACGACGCCGAGCUCGUCAAGACGUUUUUCCGUAUCAACGACGAGCAGCAGCGGAUGUUGCAGGUGGACGCGCGGGACAAGUUGGGCCGGACGCCGUUGCAGUGGGCCGUGGCCCGGGAUCUGCGCGCGACGGCGGCCUACCUGCUGAGGCGCCGCGCCGAUCCGAAUCUGGCCGACAACAACGGCUGGACGCCUCUGCACAUCCUCUGCCACAGGAACAACAACGACUUUUUGCGCGCGUUCUUCGAGAUCAACGAGGAGACGAAUCGCGAGGUGCGGAUCGACGCCGCCAAUCACCUGGGAAAGACGCCCCUGCAUCUGGCCGUGGAGUACGGCCACGAGGAUCUGAUCGGAUUGCUGCUGAAGAAGGGCGCCAAUCCGAAUUUGGGCGACAAGGACGGAUGGACUCCGCUGCACAUGAUGUGCAAAAAGCGAGACCUGUCGAGAUUCACGACGAUAUUUUUCGAGACGUGCCGAGAAAUCGAUCGACGGGUGGAGAUCGACGCCGUGGACAAGUUGGACCGUACACCGCUGCAGUGGGCCGUGGCGAGUCUCUUUCCGAACGUGGUGGACGCGCUGCUGGAUCAAGGCGCCGAUCUGGCCAGCUUCGUCUUUCCCAGCGACGGCUACUUCGGCGAGGAGUUCGACUCGCACUACCCGCAAUUGUGGAUCAAGUCGAAACUGCGACUGGUGUCACGGGCGCUGGACGUCGUCGAGCGUCUCGAGCGCAGAGGCUACAAGCUGAGCCGUAACGACGCCCUGACCGUCAUGAAGCUGUUCGCGAAGCGCGAGCUGUUCGUCGACUCGGAGCGAUUCGAGAACGGGCGCAACGACGAGAUUUUCGCCAGUCAAGCCAAGAGUCUGAUGAUGAACUCCAGUCUGUCGCUGUACGACCUGAUCAAUCUGCCGCUGGAGCAGGCCGUGAAGUCGUUCACGAUCGCCGAUUACCUGGGCUUCGAGCGAACGGAUUACAAGUACGGCCAGCUGCCCAGAGUGCUCGGCUGCGACACGUACCUGUGCGAGAUACUGUCGAGAAGUUUUUUUCGCCGCUGGACCCUGGAUGCUUUCUGGUCGCUGACGAGGUACCGACUGCCCAUACUCUGUUGCACGAUAAUCGUCGACAAUCUGAUGAACGAGGAUUUGUUGAAAGUAUGCCUUGCGGCAGAGAUCUAUGCGUACGGACAGAGCUGAAAGAUGUGAUUGCGUUCGCCAAGGCAAGGACAUCAAGGAAUUUCAUAGUUAAUUCACGGUUAAUAAUGUUAAAAAUAUGUUUGUUAGUGCGCUGUGUU